AUGGACGAUUUUCCCGGCCUCUUAGCGCGGGACUUUGGAUUCAAGCCGCAGGGGAAGUCCGCUCCCAUGGCGCCACCCGCGCGCAAUUCCAGCAACAGCAACGCCUUCCCUUCGUCAUUCGGAUCGGAGCCGACCCGGUCCGCCUCCUCCCUGUCUGGCAAAUCGGCUCCGAUCUUCGACGAUCACGAUCGCGUCGGCGGGGGAGCGGACGGCCUAAUGUUCAACGACGUAUUCGGCGGGCCGCCGAAGUAUGGGGAAUCGCGUGGCGGCAGGAGCGGGAAUGCCGGGUCAUCUUCGUCUGCCGCUACUUCUUUCGACUACGACGCAAUCUUCAAGGACCAGAAUGCCAAGUCGUCGUCGCUUCCGGUUUUCGAUAAGCCGGUGUACGACGAGGACAUUUUCGAUGGGUUGCCUGGGCUGAAGAGUGCGUCGGUGACUUCUUCCACGGCUAAGUUCCACGACGAUGUGUUUGCUGCUGUUGGUGGUGGUUCUUCUCCCAAACACAAGUCGAUGAACAGCUCCGCGUUUGAUGAUCUGUUGGGGAAUCUGGGUAAGAAAGGGGCGGAGACCAAGAGAGAGGCUCCUUCCAAAGUGGAGAAAGAUUCUCCUGCAUUUGAUGAUUUGCUUCCUGGCUUUGGUCGCAGUAGCUCUCCCAGCAUAAGCAGGUCAACUUCUGAGUCCAGUCAGGCCACCAGACCAUCUACCAAUUCAGCCAAGACUGCUCCUGCUACAAUUGACGAUCCAUUUGUAGUGUUAGAGUCAACAUCAACUCCUGCAGCAGCAUCCUCUGAAGGGUUUGUCGAUCCAUUGGAAGAAAUCGGUAGAUUCAGUAGCUCAGGAAGCACAAGAGAUAAUAGCUCACGCGUACAUAAAGGAUCAUUUGAUGACUUAGAUCCUCUUGAAAAUCUUGGAAAAUCUGUUCCAUCAGCUUCAAGUGAGGUUAACGAGCGGCGGAAGAACAGGAGUCCGUUAAGAUCGGAAGCCAGCAUGGGUCGUAGUUUUUCUCCUGAUAGUCAGGAUCCAGUCGACAAAUAUCCUGUGGAGAAUUCUGGGAGAUACUCACAGAACAAGGCUCCCAUUGAUGAUUUUCUGGAAAAUCCUUUUGGUCCGACAGAGUCUAGUAAAGCAGCCAGUGGUCCUCCACCUUCAUAUGUCAGCUUCUCAGCUAAUGAUACCUUUCCAUCUCCAGUAGCUGACGAGGUCACAGAAUCAACUGAUGAGAUAUGGCUAACCGUUUCAGAAAUUCCACUGUUUACUAAUCCUACUAGUGCUCCUCCGCCUUCUAGGCCUCCACCUCCAAGACCACCAAGGUCGAACGCGAGAAAGAAGUUUAAUGAAUACUCUUUCUCUAGAUCACAAAGUCCUAAGACAGAGCAAGGAUCGAGAAGCUCCACAACUCCAAUUGACGAACUUGAAGAUUUUGCCACUGGCAGGGCCCAAAACAAUAAUGUAAAUGAUCAUGGAAACACUUUUGCUGGUGAUGAUGUGGACACAAAUUCUUCUUCGGCUGCUGCAUCUGCAGCUGCUAUGAAGGAUGCUAUGGAUAAAGCAGAAGCUAAAUUCAGACAAAUGAGAGAGAGGGAGUAUCUGAAGGCUGCUAGAAGUAAGGAUUCCAGUCAGCAGGACAAAGAUAUGCUAGAAGCACAGCAAAGAGAACUCAGAGAAAGGCAAGAGAGACUAGACCGUGAAAGGCAGCAGAGGGAGAAGGAUGAGGAGGAUAGAGAACAGAGGAGACUUCGUGAAAUGGAGAGGGAAGAGAAGGAGAGAGAGCAGAAGAGGCAAGAAAGAGAAAGGGAACGACUCGAAAGGGAAAGAGCCAGACAAGCAGUAGAAAGGGCCACUAGAGAGGCACGCGAAAGAGCAGCCAUUGAUGCUCGGGUUAGAGCUGAAAGGGCUGCUGUAGACAAAGCCUCUUCCGAAGCUCGAGAAAGAGCAGAAAGAGCUGCUGUUCAGAGGGCACAAUCCGAAGCUCGCGGAAGGGCAGCAGCAGAUGCUAAGGAAAGAGCAGAAAGAGCAGCAGCAGAAGCACGAGAGAGGGCACAAGCUGAAAAGGAAAGGGAGGCCCGAGCUAGAUCUGAACGUGCUGCAGUAGAAAGAGCAGCUCAAGAAGCUCGAGAAAGAGCAGCUGCUGCUGCAGCAAGGGCAAACCAACAAAAAUAUGAUGCCCAACCCAAAAAUGAAAACGAUCUUGAAUCAUUCUUCAGUUCUCGACCGAGCAGCGCACCACGACCUCAGGCAACCACUUCUGAUCCGUUCUUUAAUACCGCUAGCAAGGGACCUCCUGAACCACCUAAGAGGACUUCUGUUGGUUCUUCAUCUAACAUGAGAAAAGCAUCUUCAACUGCAAACAUCGUUGACGAUCUGUCUUCUAUUUUUGGAGCUUCUGGAGGUGGACAAUCUGGAGAUUUCCAAGAGGUUGACGGGGAAACAGAAGAAAGACGAAGAGCCAGGCUGGAACGCCACCAAAGAACUCAGGAGCGCGCAAAGCAAGCAUUGGCUGAGAAGAAUCAGCGUGACCUUCAAGCACAGAGGGAACAAGAAGAGAGACAUAAAAUUGGUGAAACUCUGGACUUUGAGAUCAAACGAUGGGCUGCUGGGAAAGAAGGGAAUCUACGUGCUCUACUAUCAACAAUGCAAUAUGUAUUGUGGCCUGAAUGUGGUUGGCAGCCGGUUUCCUUGACCGACCUGAUUACUGCUGCGUCCGUCAAAAAAGUAUACAGGAAAGCAACUUUAUGCAUUCACCCUGAUAAAGUGCAACAGAAAGGUGCUAAUCUUCAACAAAAGUACAUUGCUGAGAAGGUCUUCGACUUGCUAAAGGAAGCAUGGAACAAGUUCAAUUCGGAGGAGCUAUUUUAA